CGCAUCAUUGAAAUCCCCAAACCCCAUACUUCCCUUCCCCCUUCUUCCUCAAAAUCCCGGCGCCCUCAUCACCGCCGGAUUCCUCUCUCCGCGGACAAUAUCCUCCGUUCUACGCCAUUACGCACAACAAGAAGGACGGGCACAGGCACAUCUCCAACUCAACCGUCCCGCGCAUCGCUGAAUCGUCCGAGAUUAAACACCUGAUUCAUUCCAGAAUCGCUUUCGAGACUCAGCUGAUUUGAAUUUGAGGAAAUAAUCUGACUUGAUUCCUGGAUUGAGAGGAUUGAGAGAGUAGCUAAAUAUUAAACCCUCAGAAGAAACCCUUCGAUUUGUUGUAUUAGUCCAUUGUAGUUGUAAAGUUUCACCGGCAAAAUGAGGAUUAUGAUAAAGGGAGGUGUGUGGAAGAACACAGAAGAUGAAAUUCUCAAGGCUGCUGUUAUGAAAUAUGGGAAGAAUCAAUGGGCCAGAAUUUCUUCUCUGUUGGUCCGGAAGUCAGCCAAACAGUGCAAGGCCCGCUGGUAUGAGUGGCUGGAUCCCUCAAUCAAAAAGACUGAGUGGACCCGAGAAGAAGAUGAGAAGUUAUUACAUUUGGCUAAACUCAUGCCCACCCAGUGGAGGACGAUUGCCCCUAUUGUUGGACGUACUCCAUCACAGUGCUUGGAGAGAUAUGAAAAGCUUUUGGAUGCAGCCUGUGCCAAGGAUGAGAACUAUGAACCUGGUGAUGACCCGAGGAAAUUGCGCCCUGGAGAGAUUGAUCCUAAUCCGGAAUCGAAGCCUGCUCGUCCUGAUCCUGUAGAUAUGGAUGAAGAUGAAAAGGAGAUGCUUUCUGAAGCUCGGGCUCGGUUAGCCAACACUAGGGGUAAGAAGGCAAAAAGGAAAGCCCGAGAGAAACAGCUUGAAGAGGCUCGCAGGCUUGCUUCAUUGCAGAAAAGAAGAGAGCUUAAAGCUGCUGGAAUUAACCUUCGCCAUAAGAAGAGAAAGAGAAAAGGAAUUGAUUACAAUGCUGAAAUUCCUUUUGAAAAGAGACCUCCACCUGGCUUUUAUGAUAUUGCUGAUGAAGAUCGGCCUGCUGAAUUAGUCAAGUUUCCAACAACAAUCGAGGAGUUGGAAGGUGAAAGAAGAGUUGACAAAGAAGCUCGAUUGAGAAAGCAGGACAUUGCAAAAAAUAAAAUAGCAGAGAGGCAGGAUGCUCCAUCUGCAAUUUUGCAAGCAAAUAAACUCAAUGAUCCUGAAGCAGUCCGAAAAAGGUCCAGGUUAAAUCUCCCAGCCCCACAGAUUCCUGACCAUGAGUUGGAGGCAAUUGCUAAGAUGGGAAUUGCUAGUGAUCUUCUUGGAAAUGAAGAACUUACAGAAGGAAAUGCUGCAACACGUGCUCUUCUUGCAAAUUAUGCCCAGACUCCGAGAUAUGGAAUGACUCCAGGGAGAACCGCUCAAAGAACUCCUGCAGGAAAGCAGGAUGCUAUUAUGAUGGAAGCAGAGAACCAGCGGAGGUUGACUUUGUCUCAGACUCCAUUGCUUGGUGGGGAUAAUCCGAUGCUGCACCCUUCAGACUUUUCUGGGGUGACUCCAAAGAAAAAGGAUAUUGCAACACCAAAUCCUCUAAUGACUCCGUCUGCUACUCCUGGAGGUGCAACUCCUGGAGGCCCUGGUCUGACUCCGAGAAUCGGGAUGACACCCACACGUGAUGUAUAUGCUGUUGGUUUGACUCCAAAAGGAACUUCAAUGAGGGAUGAGCUGCGCAUAAAUGAAGAUAUUGAUAUGCAUGACAUUUCCAAAGUGAGGCAGUCUGAUUCAAAAAAGGAACUCAUUUUUAGUCUGAAAAAUCUCCCACAACCCAAGAAUGACUACCAGAUAGUUAUUCAACCGUUGGCUGAAGAAGAUGAAGAACUUGAAGAGAAGAUCGAGGAAGACAUGUCAGAUAGAAUUGCUCGAGAGAAGGCCGAGGAAGAAGCAAGGCAACAAGCAUUACUCAAGAAAAGGUCAAAAGUACUGCAGAGGGAGCUGCCAAGACCUCCUGUGGCUUCGUUGGACCUCAUUAGAAACACUUUGAUAAGAUCUGAUGAAGACAAGAGUUCCGUUGUCCCGUCAACUUUAGUUGAGCAGGCUGAUGAAUUAAUAAGAAAGGAGCUUUUGUCUUUGUUAGAGCAUGAUAAUAUAAAAUAUCCCCUGGAUGAGAAAGCAACCAAGGAGAAGAAGAAAGGAAAACAUGCUGCAAAAGAGAAUUCUGUAGAUGUGCCAACAAUUGACGAGUUUGAAGAAGAUGAGCUGAAAGAGGCAGAUAAACUUAUAGAAGAUGAGGUCCAAUAUCUACGUGUUGCUAUGGGCCAUGAGAAUGAAUCUUUUGAAGGCUAUGUGGAAGCACAUAAAACAUGCUUAGAUGAUAUGAUGUACUUCCCUACACGUGAUGGCUUCGGUCUAGCAAGUGUUGCCACCCAUGCGGAGAAACUUGCCUCCCUGCAGAAUGAAUUUGAACAUGUGAAGAAGAAGAUGGAUGAUGAGACUAAAAAAGCACAGCGGAUUGAGCAGAAGAUUAAAGUUUUAACCAAUGGUUAUCAGAUGAGGUGUAAUAAACUUUGGGCACAAGUGGAGGCAACCUUCAAGCAGAUGGACACUGCAGGAACGGAGCUAGAAUGCUUCCAAGCUUUGAGUAAGCAAGAAACUCUAGCGGCAACAUACAGGAUCAGCAACCUCUGGGAAGAGGUUCAGAAGCAGAAGGACCUCGAGCGCACUUUACAGAAACGGUAUGGCGAUCGGAUGGCUGAACUAGAAAGAGUUCAGCAUUUGGUAAAUGCAUAUAGACUGCAAGCAGAAAGGGAUCUUGAAAAUGCUGCAAAAGACAACGACACUGCCAUGGAUGCCAUUGACACAACUCAAGAUCAAUCUGUUGCACCUGAUCUUGAAGCUCCCAAGGACGAAGCAAUGCAAGAGCCCGAUGCAGCUGAAGAAGCUGUCGCCAAGGACACAGCCGUGGCUGAGGCUGAGGCUGAUGCAACAGCAACGCAAGAGACGGAUGCAGCUGAAGAGAAAGCUGCUGUCACCAAGGACACGGUCAAGGCUGGUGUUGCAGCUGGAGAUGAGGUAAUUGCACCUACUGCUGAGCCUGAAGUGCAAGAUACUGAUGAGACGAAGGGCGUGGAGGUGGAGAUGGAAUCGAGAUCCAAGGAUGAAAAUGAUGCUGCGGAAGAGAAUGCAGAGAAGAGUGCUGGCGAAGCAUAGAUAGUUUUCUUCCCAUACUUGAAAUCGGAGAAUGUAUGUGAUGUUCUAUUUCAUUUUGUGAGGGUGAAAGAGAACUUGUAUGCUGUUCAAUCCAAAACGUGAUUUUUAUUUUUACUUUAAUUUUGUACUUCAUCAGAUAAUUCGGAAAUUGAUAAAGACUUUCCUUUUUGUAGUCA